AUGCUUGAUCCUUGCCCACAAAGUCGCCUGAUCUCGCCUCAUCUCAUUAUCACCUUUUCAGAUGCUCAAUCCACAAACGAUAUACGGCGUAUUAACGACGCUAGCAACGUGGUUACCGAUACGAUGUCCCGGAGGGAAUUGAAUCAAAUCUGUCAUCUCGAUCUGCAAGCCCUGGCGUCCGAACAAAAGUCCGAUCCGGAGUUUAUGGAGAUCACGACUAACCCUACGCUUAUUCCUACCGGACUCCGAAACACUUACCCACUGUGA